ACGAGAUUGGCGCCACUUUUGCGGCAUCAUUUUGCUUUUUUCAAAAUUUUCUCGGGAAAAUUAUGGAAAGAAAAAGAAAAAGAAAAUUAUAUCAUGUCGUUUUUAUUGGCAUUGGUGUUGACUCACGAGCAAAUUUCAGACUCUCUCAACCGAAUUGAGUAGAAAAGUCGAUCCACUACGCGUUGUUCGUUCCCAAUACAAAGACUCAGAUCCGAUUACUUCGUCAAAAAUUCGGAUCAUUCGAUUUUCCUAUACAAUCUCAGAGUUUGUGUAGAGAGAGCGAGAGAGAGAGAGAGAGAGAGAGAGAGAGAGUAUUGGAAUGUUUGUUUUUGUUUUGUGAAUUCACAGAUCUGAUUGGAAGCAAAGAAAAGAAAGGAAAAAAAAAUUCCCAUUUUCUUUGAUCGGGAAACAGUGCUGAAUUUGAAUUUUUGUUGUUGCCAGAUUCAUGAGCAAGGAACCGGUGAAGUUAGACGAUGAACAGCUCGCAGAAUUGCGAGAAAUUUUCCGAUCAUUCGAUCGAAACAACGAUGGAAGCUUAACUCAGCUCGAACUCGGCUCGUUAUUGAGAUCGCUGGGUUUAAAACCGAGUCCCGAUCAGCUCGAAACCCUAAUACAGAAAGCGGACACGAACAGCAAUGGUCUCGUGGAGUUCUCGGAGUUCGUGGCUCUGGUGGCCCCGGAGCUUCUUCCGGCGAAAUCGCCGUACACGGAGGAGCAAUUGAAGCAGCUGUUUCGGAUGUUCGAUCGGGACGGAAAUGGAUUUAUCACUGCGGCGGAGUUAGCACACUCAAUGGCUAAGCUCGGACACGCUUUGACGGCGGAGGAGCUCACCGGGAUGAUCAGAGAGGCGGAUACCGAUGGAGAUGGAAGAAUUAGCUUUCAGGAGUUCUCUCAGGCGAUUACUUCGGCAGCGUUUGAUAAUUCAUGGGCUUGAUGUUUGGGGAUUUUCAGGUUAGACCGCGCUCCCAAAUUUGUUUGCCGGCAGAUGAUUCUGCUAUGUUCAAUCACAUACAUCAUACGGAAGUCAGACAUUUCAGAGCUCAUUAUACUCACCCGUAAGCCAAUUUUCACAUCCUUUACAUUUCGAGAGCCAAGUCAUUCUCACCCAUAACCUGAUCUUCCUGGUGUGAAAAUAAAGUUUUUUGUUUUUUUCCCGUCAUGGUAGUCCCAAUUUUUUGGGUUAGUUCCGUGAACAUCAUUUCACUUUAUCUGUUCGAUGCUUUGGGUAUCACAGCCACGGAUCUUUAGCAACUGUUUUUUAAGGCUUGAUGGUAAUUUUGUUGACGACAGACAAUUUCUGAAAUUUUGUUGAGGCAUAUUUGGCUUAGUAAGCAUUGUGAAUCCAUGUCUACUUGAUCUUCUUGUGUUAAUUGCUUGGUAUUAAUAUAAAAAUAAAUAAAUAAAUUUUGAGGC